AUGAGAACAAAGUUUAGAGCAGCAGUUAUCACUCUUUUUCUUUCAUCCAUCCUUCUUCAUCUGGUGUUUUCUGAAUCCAACGAUGGAAUCGUUAGAGUUGGACUGAAAAAGUUGAAGUUAGAUGAAAACAAUAGGAUCGCUUCUCUACUUACCACGCAAAUACUGGAUUCUCAAACUGAUGGAGUCACUGUAACGCUAAAGAAUUACAUCCAGAUACACUACUAUGGUGAGAUUUCAAUCGGUACACCUCCACAAAAAUUCAAAGUGCUUUUUGAUACAGGAAGUUCUAAUAUGUGGAUAACUUCCUCAAAGUGCUACUUUUCCAUUGCGUGUUAUUUUAAUUCCAAAUAUUAUGCCAGUCGAUCAAAAACAUAUAAAGUGAACGAAACAUAUGCUGAGAUACACUAUGGUUCAGGUUUAUUAGCUGGCCACUUUAGCCGAGACUAUGUUUUAGUUGAUGGUUUACCAAUCAUGAAUCAAGACUUCAUUGAAGCAACAAAACUGCCCGGUUUUUCCUUUGUGUUUCUCAAGUUUGAUGGCAUUAUUGGCCUUGGAUUUCGAGAGAUGUCCCUUGGAGGUGUUGCUCCAGUAUGGUACAAUCUGUUGAGCCAGGAUCUGAUUCAGAAUCCAGUGUUCUCAUUUUGGCUUAAUCGAAACACAAAAGAAGAGGAAGGAGGUGAACUUGUGUUUGGUGGGAUUGAUCCAAAGCAUUACAAGGGGUACCAUACUUAUGUCCCUGUGAUCCUCAAAGGUCAUUGGCAGUUUGAUAUGGAUGAUGUCUUUAUCAAGGGUCAACCAAUAGGUCCAACGGCUAUGAUUACCAUGAUAAACCAUGAAAUUGGAGUCACCGGAGUGGUUAGCCGUAAAUGCAAGACAAUCGCUAAAAUUUAUGGACAAACCAUUCUAAACAUGUUCAUAGUAGAAAAGGUGCAACCUGGAAAAAUUUGUUCUCAAAUAGGAUUAUGUCCAGUUGAUAAAUCUAAGUCUAUCGAAAAAAGUAAUAAUAGCAUAACACCAUAUGGUAUUGAUGUCUCUCCGUGCAAUACUUGUGAAAUGAUAGUUGUGUGGAUGGAGAGUCAGCAGAAGAGAAAUCAAACAAAAGAUGUUAUUUUAAACUAUGUCAAUAAGUAUAUAUUGGAGUAUGGAAAAGGUGAUGGGGAUCAUUGCAUAAGUGGCUUUAAUUCCAUAGAUGUUCCUCCACCUCUUGGACCUAUAUGGUUUGACAUAAUCUCUUUCUCUUCAAUUUACUUGCAAAAAUGA